AAAGGAGAAAAAUUAUGUUGUACUUUGUAAUUUUUUUGAAAUUUCAAGAUAAGUUUGAAAAUAUAUUAACCCAUAAUCCGACAGGUAAAUCAGUAAGCUUAUGUAAAAGAAGUCAAGCCGAAACACCGGUUACUGAUUGUUUUCAUCUUGCAUUGCUUGCAGUUCAAACUUCGUUUCAACAUUAAAAAUUUGGAAGCAUGGGUGAUUCGAUCCAAGAAAUUGAACUGGAUGUUCACCAAAGUACAGUUUUCAAAACCAUGAACGAAUUCCGAGAACAGAAUCUUUUCUGCGACGUUACCCUAGAUAUCGAAGGUACUUUGUUCCCUUGCCAUCGUCUUAUUUUGAUGGCCUCGUCGCCUUAUUUCAAAGCCAUGCUCAACGGAAAUUUCAGAGAAGGUAGCUGUAAAGUCGUUCCAAUUCAAGAUAUUGACCCCGAGAUUAUGGAUAUUAUUCUGCACGCAAUCUAUACAGCUCAAAUUUAUUUACGUCACAAAAAUGUGUUUUUUGUUUUGAAAGCCAGUCAUUUGCUCCAAUUCGACGCGGUCUUCGACGCAUGUGCAAACUAUAUCAUGGGAAACGUUUCCCAUAUUCAUUACCUAAUUGAAACAUGUUUAUUCGCUAAAGCUGUCGCACGUAAAAACUUACUAAAAACAUGCAUUCGGGAAAUUGCAUCCGCCUUUUUGCAUUGGGGCAAAACUGACAGUUUUCUACUUCUUCCAUUUGACGUACUGAAGCAUGUAUUAUCGGAAGACCAUUCGACUUCAACUCACAGUGAUGAUAAUGUAAUCGCAAUAAUCUGCAAAUGGUGUCAACACAACUCCGCAACUUCCAGGGAGGCUAGUGUUCUACUGCAAGCUACAAAAUUGAGCUGUAAAAUUGUCGGAGCAUCUGCCUUCGCUGAAUUAAUCGUUGCUGCCGGAAGUACAUUCAUUAUAACUGAAAAUCACAAUGAAGGUGCAGAAAACUCGAUUCAGUCGACUUAUGAUUGGAAAUUAAAUGUGUAUUUAAAUGCUGUUGAUGUUAAAACGGGAGCCAGUGGAUGGGGAACAUUGAGGCUGAAUGAGUCAUUUGAUAAAUAUGCGCUAUCAAAAUUUCAAGCAACAGAUCACUCAUACAGAAAAAUGUGCUCAAUUGGAACAAAAAUUUACUGUAUGGAAUGGAAUUAUUUUGUUGAAGAAUUCGUGUUUUCUUGUUUUGAAAACGAUAGUAGAACAGAAUUGGCUGUGCCUGAUCUUCCUAUAUCAAUUGAUCAUAACGAUUGCCUGAUUCCUGCUGACAUCGAAAUGACAGCGGUAGAGGAUAUGAUUUACCUGACCUAUGAUGAAAUUGAUUCUCCGAUUUGGGUUUAUGACUGUAAGUGGAAUGUAUGGCAGAACGAUUUAGCUCUCGACGGAUAUGUACAUUCGUUUGGCCUUGCAUCGUUAGGUCAUGUUUUAUACGUAAUCGGAUGCAAAUAUUCUUCAUCCGAGUCUAAGGAAACGUAUAUUUUAACUAUCGAUACGCGUUCUGGGGUCAGAGAUCUCAUAGCUUUCCCGAAUCCAUUUCAAUAUGAAAAUGCUGCUGCUUGCGCAUUCGAUGGAAAAAUAGCUAUAUCAGGCUCCAACUAUGAUGAUAUUUUACAUAAUACUUUUACUAUUUUCGAUGUGACAACCAGAGAAUGGAGAACUGAUCUGAAGCCUAUGAAUGAUGGCAGAGCGAAUCACAAAUUGUUUUAUCAUGAUGGAUUCAUCUAUGCUGUGAAAAACAGCCCAUUUAUCAAGAACGAGAAGUACGAUGUGAAGUCGGAUACAUGGAUCGAAAUCCCAAAUCUGCCAAAACGAGCGCAGUGUGUUGAUGCUGAUGGUGUUAAUGUGAUAGUUGCUUUUGAGGAUGUAUUGCAUAUGUGCUGAUGUCCUUACCACUUUGUGAUUAGUCUUUUAUCAAAAUACAUAGUUCGGUAUCAAGUACAUACAGUAUUAUGAAUUUUAUUAAGCGUUUUUUCUUUUAUUUUUUUUCUAAUUUGGUGCGUCUUGAGGUACCUAUAUUAAUAUCUUGAUAUUUUUAAUUUUCGAUCCAAUAAUAAUAUGAAUUUGUUGAUUUGUUUCAUCAUUCAAGUAUUAGUAUUCGACUGAGUUACUAUAUUAGGUUAGUUUCAGUUUAAGAUUGAAUAAUGUGUAUUUGUGCCAAAUAAUUUGAAUUUUUUCGUUUUUAUUUCACUCUUUACCCUCAACUCAAUAUGUAAUCUUGUGUCUUUUUUUCAUUUUUGUUGCGAUCGGUACGCAGACAUCCCUGCAUUAUAAUGUAAUUUUAGACAGUAAAUGUUAUAUUCAUGUUCCUUUAUAUGUAUGUAUUUAUGCUGUUCUGCAUUAUUAUGAAAUAUUGAGUAAAAAACUGUUUUAUCUAA